GGACGGAUUUGAGAAAAAGAAUGCUUGCACAAUGAAUUACUUUUUAGGAUGGAUUAUUAUGAUCUCAUUCCGAUUGACGUUCUUCCAUCACUUCGUCCGUCUAAUUUUCCGACUGAAAACAUGGCCAAGAAAUUAUUUUAUGAUUGACGAAUUGGACAAGAAUGAGUUGGAGGCGAGCAGUGCAAACCCCGGCUCAUCGCCAUCCCCAUAAACAUGUCCAUGUGCCAAUACAUCGGGAGGAGUUGGAAAGUUGAGUCAUGUAGUGGAAUUAUUGUGGGAAGAAUUUGCGAGGCAUGGAGUAGUGCGGUAUGGCGUAUGGGACCAUCGUCAUCAUCACAAGGCCGUCAAUCAUUCCUGGUGCAAGGUGUUGUUUUUCGUCUUCCCUUCUCUGACUGAUCUGGUUCUCGUACGGUGCGUGUAGUCCGACAGUUGGUUAAUGGCGGGUUUGGUGGCAGGAUGGCCAAUAAUUACACCUGACUGCUGGAGGCAGGUCGGGUAGUCUUGUGCCCUACAAUUAUUCAAUUGUACCAAUUAGGAGGCAAGACAAAGUUCAUGAUGUGAUGCUGGUCGGUCGACAAGCAGCAGCAGUUGCCAUUAUUUUCUUGGACAUCACACGGACUAGGAAGCCCAGGGCAUCGGAUACAUAUUUUCGCAAAAGUACUCCUUCGUGAGUCACAAUUCGCGUAGGUUUCAAGCGAUGCAAGAAGACCAUAGAAAACUCAGUUUGCAUAGUUGAACGACUCAGAUCCAUUCAUCGCCAGAUGCCGGUUAUGAUUUAUUUAAUGAAUGAUGACAUCAUGUCAGAGUGCAUUCUCAUUUAGACGACUUUGGUAAUCUUCGGGGAGGUAGAGUGGCACGAUGAAAAUGUGCCAUUUGGUUUCGGAGUAGGAUUGGAAUGAAGUGCAUGCAUACUUUUGGAAAUUUUGGAUAUGCAUGGGAAACCCGAUGCCUUUUGGACAUUUGUUGCUGAUUUCUAAUUUCGGAACGAAGAAUGAAUGGGAACGGUCGUAACGAAAACGAAAGACAAACACGGUACAUUGGAACUCGUGAAAUGAGAUGCAUGCAAGUACAAAUAUCUAGUUAGCUGAGUAGCUACGAUUUCUCGGUAUUUGUUACUCAACAACAAUAUGUUCCUGAUUGCAAUAUCAGCAGAGUACGUGGUGGGGUGACAUGUCCAGAUUUGUAAGCCAAGUUCACGGCUUUCUGUGACUCCUGCUGCUGUUUAUCCUCCUCUUGGAUUAAACUUUUAUAUAAGGAAUAUUUACGAGCUGGUUAACUUGCUUGUUGAGUGAUACGAGAGAGCACGUGUAUAUUAAGAAACCAACUUUUCCAGCAGCCGAUCUUGUGACCCACAAUGUCACAAUCACAGAUAGAGAGCUGGAUAUGUACAUAGCUACACAUUUCCAGUUUACUUAAAGUAGGUGACACUCCCUCGCCUGCCUCAGUCGCCAUUUCCACCAUCAAGAAUAAACACCAAUUAGCACUAUUUGUCAACGGUAACUCUAUUGUGAGAAUGAACGGAGUGAGCCAUGACCUUCUCGUCCCCCCACCCACCCAACUGCUCAAGGAGAGGAUCCAAGUCCCACAGAAACGACUUCUCAUGGGUCCCGGACCGUCCAACUGUUCUCCGGAAGUCUGUGCGGCUGGUAGUUUGCCCAUCAUUGGACACAUGCAUGCAGAAAUUUUCAGAAUAAUGGAUGACAUUAAGGUCGGCCUACAAUACGUCUUUCAGACCGAGAACCCAUGGACCCUUGUGAUAAGUGGGCCUGGUCAUCUGGCCAUGGAAGCCGUUCUCGUGAACCUCUUGGAGCAAGGAGACACGAUGCUCGUCGGCGUAAAUGGCUUGUGGGGAGAUCGAGUUGCAGAUCUCGCUUUCCGAAUCGGGGCAAAGGCUGUGCGGAUGGAGACCGAACCAGGAAAUGCCUUUUCCCUCCAGGAGAUUGAAGCCGCACUGGUGUCGAGCAGGCCCAAAGUGCUCUUCCUCGUCCACUCCGAGUCCUCCACGGGGGUCAUGCAAAAUCUGGACGGCGUUGGAGACCUGUGUCGCAAGUAUGGCUGUCUCUUGGCCGUCGACACGGUGGCGUCGUUGGGGGGUGUGCCAUUUUCGGUGGAUAAGCUCAAGAUUGAUGCCAUUUACACAGGAUCGCAGAAGGUGAUCGGUGCCCCUCCAGGAAUUGCUCCUAUCUCCUUUGGACCACGGGCUGUCGAGGUAAUCAAAGGGCGCAAGACGCCGGUCAAGUCGUUCCUGCUGGACAUGAAGUUGCUGUCGGUGUACUGGGCCUGCUCCCCCGGGGACGUCCGGUUCUACCACCACACGCCUCCCAUCAACCUCUUCUACGGCUUGCGAGAGGCCCUCACGGCCGUUGUGGAAGAAGGCCUCCCAGCCAUUUGGAAGCGUCACGAGGAGAACGCGAACCGACUGAGGGACGGAAUCACAGGGAUGGGGCUGGAAUUGUUCGUCAAAAACCCUGCAGAUCGUCUCCCCACGGUGACCACGAUCCGCGUGCCGGAAGGGCUGGACUGGAAGGCCGUGACGAAACAUGCCAUGGAGAAAUUCGACAUUGAGAUUGCUGGGGGACUGGGGCUCACGGCCGGGCGAGUAUUUCGGAUCGGUUUGAUGGGCUAUAAUGCUUAUCCGGAGAAGGUGGAUCGCGUCCUGGCUGCGCUCAAGGAUUCCAUCAAAAUGGCAAAGUAUUAGAAGGAAACGACGACGACGCGAAUUCGGAUUGAGUGGAUGAAAUGGCUUCUUGUUUUGUCUCUGUGAAUUUUGCUAAUAAAUGAACAUUGAUAAAAGGGA